AUGGACAACACGGUAACGACGGUAAUGGAAACGGACAAAGAGAUGAACGCCAGAGCUCCAGGAAAGCAAGCGAAAAUCCACCAGCAGUGUGGAUGCGGGUGGGAAAAAUUUACCACGUUCCUCGGGCUGCAAAUCCACCAGGGGAAGCGCAAGUGCGGUCAGAAGCAACCUCGCACUGCCUUAGCAGAUGAGACAAGAGGGACCGAAAGCCAGGGCGAAAACCACAGACCCGACGGACCCAACGUUGCAGAAGGCGAAGAUGUCACAGAGAAAGGAAGCCCACUGGUGGAGGGUGAGCCCCCACAUAAGUACUAA